AUGGCCCUCCAAGAUAGCUUUAUUGAUGAAGAUGAGGACACAUGUCCACUCUGUGUUGAAGAAUUCGACCUUUCCGACAAGAAUUUUCGCCCAUGUCCUUGUGGAUAUCAGAUCUGUCAAUUCUGCUUUAACAACAUUAAAAACAACAUUAAUGGCUUAUGUCCCGCCUGUCGCAGACCUUAUGAUGAGAAAACUAUAGAAUGGAAAGUUGUGACCCAAGAAGAGAUGGCACAGUUCAAGGCGAAUAUACAAAAAAAUGCUAAAAAGAAACAAGAGCAGCGCCAAAAAGAAGCGCAAAAGCGAGAAGUCGAAAGUCUGAACCGGAAACACCUCUCUGGUCUUCGUGUAGUCCAGAAGAACCUCGUCUACGUCGUCGGGAUUAGUCCUGGAAUACCGGAACAAGAAAUUUUAUCAACUUUACGGGGUGAAAAGUAUUUUGGUCAGUACGGUAAAAUUGUAAAGAUAGUAGUUAGCAAUAAGAAGCAAGGAGACGCAGGAUCUAACAACCAAUCGCUGGGCGUAUAUGUUACAUUUGCGAGGAAAGAAGACGCGUCUAGAUGCAUAGCUGCAGUUAAUGGGUCCCAAAACGGCGACCGUGUCUUAAGAGCUCAGCUAGGAACCACAAAGUACUGUUCAGCAUAUCUCAGAAAUGAGACCUGUACCAACAAAAAUUGUAUGUUUCUACACGAACCUGGCGACAAUGAUGAUAGUUAUUCCCGACAAGACUUAUCUUCUAUAAACAGCGUAAAUACUCAACGUCCGCUCUCAUCGAUGGCCACUGCGUCUGGAGCGAACUCUAGACAAUCAGCUCUAAAUCAGAACACCCAUAUGGCAACAGCAAUCCCUCAAACUAUGAUGAGAGAAGGAAGCAAGGAUGAAUUAGACUGUGUAGAUGGAUCUGCACUCCCAUCUUCUGCUAGCUGGGCGAAUCGUGGCUUACCGCAAAGAAAUCGAAGGGACAGUCAUUCUACUAGUAUCGCUGCCUCAAGCCCGGCCAUUUCUCAUGCCCUUCCAGCAACAGCUGAAGUCUCAGAGGAACCACCAGCACCAGUCACGCAAAAGCUAUCCGAACCUGCAAGCUUAUCUUCCUCUACUAGAGUGGUACAAACUAAUUACAAUGACACAGAAGAUGCUUAUGUCUUCAAAAAUAUACUUAAAGCUAUAAAUUCUUCUAACCUCUCCUUUCCGCCUCCAAAAUCCACUGAAGAUAGUACUAAUAUUUACAAUUCUUAUCCACCACUAUUCGAUGAGCAUGGUGGUCAAAAGCGUAGGGCACAAAAGGUACAUCAGGAGGACGUUGAACUUCACAUCGAACAAGAUCCGCGUGAAUUCAUGAAAACCAUUCCCGAACCUCCAGAGGAUGAAGAACCAGAGAGUGGUAGUUUGCAAUUAGGUGGCGAACCUGAAGAUCGAGAGUCUAGUCGCGAAGGGGCCCUUCCACCCAAUUUUCAUAACCAACAAGCUAAUUCCCAACUUCCAAUCCAUCGAAUAGCCAACAAUAAUAGUUCAAAUCUUAGACUUGCUCAGCCCAAUCCACAUAAUUCAACUAACCUCAACACUUCUAAUGGGCGUGCCUUUACUCCGCUGCAACAGCAACAACACAUGCACCUUAUGAAGUCUAAUCAACAAUCCGAACUCCCUGAGCAGUAUCCAUCUGGAAUCGGGAACCAGCUUAGCUUAAAUUCAUCCCUAUUUCAACAAGGCCAUGGGCGACAGGCUUCUCGUUACAACUUCGCAAACGAUUCAUCGAAUUCAAUGAAGACAUCUGCCAAUUCAAAACUAAUGGCACAGCAGUCAUCCAUGAUGCCCUCAGCUAAUUUCUCUCAGCAAACUGGAUUCUAUCCCCAAUCAAUCCAAGGUCCUCCCCCGGGACUGAAAUCGUCAGCAACUCCUCCCACGAACGGAUCAAUGUUCGGACAAAAUCUUGGCUUUAGUAAUUCUAUGAGUGGUACUUUGUUUAGUGGAUUACAAAAAGAAAAUAAUAGCGAAAUGCUUCGUGAUAUAAUCCGGGGUCGUGGUAACGUUGGCGGAAGUCAAACGCAUGACACAGGCAAGCGUGAGUACAUGUUUUCUUCUUUUCUUCAUCAAUACCCACCCGCCUCCACCCCGGCUCAAGGUCCAGGCCUAGCAUCGAUCUAUGGUCCACAGACCGGAGCAUUCCACGACUUUGGUCAAAAGCAGAAGAAGAAGGGAAAGAAGCACAGACACGCUAACACUUCUUCCUCCGGAGGAGGUGGUAUAGUAGAUCUUGCCGACCCGAGCAUCUUGCAAGCAAGGAUGCAACACCAACAACACAGUAACUCUGGAGUUGCACAGGGAUUAUUUGGCGGUCAGGCACAAGGCCAGAUCCUCCCUUCUCUUGAUGAGGCGCGAUCGUCUGUUGAUGCUCUCGUUGGAGAUAGCGUCAAUGAAGACUAUCACCGAACAUCAGAUGUCUACGGUCCUAUAUCUCGGUCUCUAACUCCAUUGGUACCGCCCGGCUUUAGUAUACCCCUCGUUCAAGCAUCUUUUACACCUCAGGAUAGAGCCAGCUCCAAGCCUUCAUCUCUAAACGUCCCUGUUCAGGCUUCAUUCGUAUCACGGAAAGUAUCUCCUGGCUCCGUAACCUCCUACCCUCAACUAACACCUCUUGGGCUGUCUCAAACCCCUGUAGCAGCUAAUAUUGAAAUUAUCUCACCACUUAAUAAACAGGAUGAAAAGCCGUCAACUUCAGUCCCUACGAAGCCAGGAAAACAGCAAUCCACUCAGCAUAUCCUUCAAACAGAAGAUUUCCCUGCGUUGCAGAGCGGGAAGAGAAAAGCAACAACAGUUAGGGUUGCAACACCAGCAUCUCUUAUCACUUUCGGAAAGAAUCCAGCAUCAAAUACUGGUCAAUCAACCGAUAAAUCAGAUGACUUUCACACAAUACCGAAUGCAGGUGCUCCAGCAACGAUCAAAAAUAAUAGCAAAGGUACAGCUUCAAUGGAAUUCAAGAAACCGUCAGCCUUUCCUCCCUUGCCAGCCAGUACUACAAAUGCGAGUCACCAUUCAUCUUCGCGAAAUAUUCCGAAAACACUCAGACUUACAACAAUUCCAAAAUCAGACGCUCUAACAACUGGAGUUACCACCCCAACUCACACGAGCUCUAUUCAAGCACCUCAGACACUUCCUUCACGGCACCAUAGUCUUUCUUCAAACGUACGACUAGACCGUCCCGGCACACCUACAAGUGAGAUAACGUCAGAUAAUAUAUCAAUCACUUCAACAUCGUUUUCAAGAGCCAGCUCGCCCCCUCUGACACGCGUUGGAUCGGCUCCAGUUCGCACAGCUACAAAGAGCUUUCAGAAAAAACAACGCCAGGCCCAGAAAGAGAAAGAGAGAGCAGAGAUAGAGGCUGCAGUAGUCGUUGAGCCGGAAGUCGAAAUACCACCAAUUAUGGGAAGGAAGAAAAAGCAAAAGAAGGAGCGCCUGCAUUCGACUAAUGGAGGGCUGAACUUCACGAUCAGCCGACCGAUAACACCUGGCACCGCAGAAAAUAAAAGUCAGGUCGAAAAGAGUAUACCCAAGAUCGAGGAACAGCUGGAGCCCCCGACCAAAAAUCUUGAUACAGAGGUAGAUUCUUUAAAAGUGGCUAACAAACUAGCCAUCAUAAAAUCUCAAACUAAAGUCAAGCCGCAAAACGUUGUUAAAACUGAUCCAACUCUUACCAGUCUCGAGGUUGAAAAAGAAGAAGCCGACAAACCUCUACUUACUCCUGCAAUUAUUCUGCAAGAGUUUGUAGCUUCUGGCGUUAUAAAAGACCUAAGUGAGCUCUAUUUGCUUAAAAAUAUAACUUCAUCGUACAAACAUCUUGAUAUGUUAGAUAAAAUAGAUAAGGUAGAGAUAAGUCCAAAGCUGGUAAUAACUCCAGAAGAUCAUGACACAUUACUUGCGGGUAAGCCUGUCCACAAAAACGCGGAAGGGGGUUUCCGCAUUAUGCUCACACCAAACGGAGACUGUGUGCGUAACUUAACUGAGGAAGAAGAGAUUCGAUAUCUUUACUAUCAAGAUCAACUGGCGAAAGAUGCUGGACCAACAGCCUUCUUUUCUGCAAAGCAUGCGGGGCAAAAUGGCUUUACUAUGAUAGGCGGUCGUGCUGUUCCCAGUGGGCCACCGUCUUUUUUCCCUGUCCUUAAAAAAGCAAAUUCUUGCCUUGAUCCCGUAAGUAAAAUUCAACGUGAUGAAGCCCUUAAUUACAUCAACCAGUACGUUCUACCUACUCUAUCAAGUUGCGCCCAGUAUGAAAAGACUUUAUAUACAAAUGAGGUCCAGGGGGAAAUGAUGCGGACAGAUUCUGUCGACUCAACAUUGAAAACCUGGGGACCCGACCAAGCAUCUACUUUAUCUGCGACAAAUGACUUCUACAUGAGCCACUCACUCAACAGUGAAGGUGUAAUUGAAAAUAUCACAACCCACUUUGCGAUAGGAGAGAUGAGGAGGCAGGGAAAUGGCUCACUCCUGAGUCUGACUGACGCCGAGCCUGCCAUGCAACUUGCCCGAAAAGAAGUUGAAGGACUUGAGAAGAAGCUAAAUGCAUUGAUUAAGAAGAAUCGGAGAAUUCUUCUGGGAGCCGGGCAUUAA